AUGUCUUUUGUGGUAUCAGAGCGUUCCCUAACCCUGUCAACUGACAGUCGCAAAGCCGAGGUCAUAAUUGUUGGUGCCGGAGCAGUUGGGUUGCUCACUGCCCUAAAACUUGGCAGAGCAGGAAUAGACACAAUAGUGCUUGAGGCGCACAAUGAUAUCCUCCGAGCACCUCGGGCCAUUGCGUACAUGCCAGUCGUAGUCAAAGAGCUUCGAAAGCUCGGCAUCUAUGACAAGCUGAAGGCCCUCGGUGAAGCCAAUAAUCGGGGCGUGACUUGGAGGCGUCAAUCCGGUGAAGUGUACGCAUAUUUCGAUCCUCAAGAAGAACGCCUCACCCUAGGUCAGGACAGGGUCGCCCUCGCUGUACUCGAGGUCCUGAAGGAAGAAUGUCCGAGUGUUCAGGUGGUCUUUGGCCAGCGCUGUGUUGGACUUGGGCCGGAAGGCGGAGUAACUAAGGUGAUGACUACUGGUGAUGAGGAGGAUCAUAUUUGGGAGGCGAAAUUUGUCGUGGGUUGCGACGGAGCCAACUCAGCCAUUCGUCGCAUGUGUAUGAUCCCUUUUGAAGGCUUCACGUGGAGAAAUUUUCGUUUCACGGCAGCCGAUGUGGACUACGACUUUGUGGGACACUGUGGCUUUCCCCAGGCGAACUUCGUCGUGGACCCUGAGCAAUGGGCCGUCAUUGCUAAGACUGGGAACGGCAACAUCUGGCGUGUUUGCUACGGCGAACGACCUGAACUCUCAAUCGACAAGAAAGAGAUGCUCGAACGUGCUCAUGACCGCAUCAUGGGCUGGCUUAAACCAAUGAACAAGGACUGCGUCUUCGACUAUAAAAUCACGCGUCUCAGUCCAUAUUGGGCUCACCAGAGAUGUGCAGAGACAUACCGCAAGGGGAAUGUGCUUCUCGCUGGCGAUGCUGCACAUAGUAACAACCCUGUUGGGGGUCUGGGACUUACUAGCGGGAUCUUAGACGCUGUUGUUAUUGGCAAUGCUCUCAUCCGCCAUCUUCGAAGGGGGGAGUCAGAUGAGAUCAUCACGAAGGCCACGGAAGCUCGACGGUCAACAUGGCUAAACUUCACCAACCCAGUCUCACAAGCCAAUUUCCGACGCCUGUUUUCCGUGGAAGACCGGGAUGACUCCGAGAGAGAAGCGUUCUUUCAAAAGCUUAAGCAGGGAGAUGAGCAGUUUCUGGCGGAAGCUAGGUCCCAUAGCAACCUUUUGCCAGAUGCCUUCGAGCCAGCCGAGCCAGUACUCCUGCAAGCCCAUAUAUAA